AUGUCAAUUGAUAAAAUCUAUUUUAAUUAUAAAACAAAAGAAAUGUGUCAAUGCUUGAUUAUAAUAUUAAUUUAUUUAAUUCCAAGUAUUAAUUCAAAAUGUAUUUGGUAUGGAAAUACACAUUCUAGUUUUAAUCAACUUUAUUUACAUGGUGAACCAAAGCCAUUACCAUUAAAUGAAGUUCAUCUUUUAAAUGAAAUAUGCCCCCAUAUAGAAACGCAUGAUGGUAUUUCGCCUUAUUUAUGCUGUGAUGGUAAACAAUUAGCUGAAAUGAAAAUGUUGAAACCUAUUCGUGAUAUCCUAUUUAGUCAAUGCCCAUCGUGCUAUUAUAAUUUAUGUCAUAUAUUUUGUGAAAUGGCUUGUAGUCCUAAUCAAGAUCAAAUUGCAUGGCCAUUAGAAAUCAUCAAUAUAACUCGACCAAAUGAAAAUAAUACUCUUCAAUCAAAUGACAAAAUGAGUGACGAAUGGACUUUAGAGGAUUAUGUUGAUCCAGAUGAAGAAAUAACAACAACAACAGUAAAACCAACUGAAAUAGUUAGUGUUAUUGGGAAACUUCGAUAUGUUUUGUUAGAAAAACACGCACAGGAUUUUAUUGAUUCAUGUUGGGAUGUUCAAGUGAAUUCUCAAUAUGUGAUUGAUAUUCUUUGUGGAUCAUUAAAUCGUUCAUGUGAUUAUAAAAAGCUUUUUGAAUUUAUUGGUUUAAAAAAUUCAUACGAGAAACUAAAAAUUGAUUUUGUUUUUGUUAACGGAACUUAUUAUGAUACAGAACUUGAUCGAAAAUUUCAACCGCCACAAGCAUCUAUGUUUACUUGUGAUCAACCCGUCAUUUUACCACAUAUUUCAAAACCAAAAUGUACUUGCAUGGUACGUAAUAAAUCUUUAUUUCCAAUCUUAAAAAAUAAUUCGAAAAAUAUUAUGAUUUUAUUUUGA